UAUAUGACAAGACCUCUCGUAGAGUGUCAGGCCUCUAUACUCAGUAGCGAUGCAUGCCUUACACAGAUUUGUUAGUCAACAGUCUGUGUUUCAUUAUAUUUCAAAAUGUUGUUAUGCAUUCUUAAAUAUAACUUUCUCGGGAGUUUAAAUGUAUUUUUCAGUGUCAUUUCAAUUUAGUUUGAGAACAUUUUAUACAUCAAAUGUGGCUUCUUGGUUCAACUCCCGAAGUCAUGGAAGAGCGCCUGUCGCCUUCUGCACGUUUUGUCCGAAGCCCCUGGAAUAACCAAAAUCAAGCCGCAAAGAGGGUUCACAGUAUUGAAGCAAUAUUGGGAUUUAAAGACGAAAAUAUGUUUCAUCAAUCUGUGUCCUACAAUGAAUCAGGAAAACCUGCUGAGCUGAGAGGAAAUGGAAUUAUGUCAUCCCCGAAGAAAGAACUCAACCCAAAAUGUUUUGACAGUGUCUGCUGCAGCAGUUCGGGGGCCUCUGUCAGUUCUGACUUACCUAAAGGGGAGGAUAAAUUGCCCGUUGAUGAGAACCCAAAGAAGAAACACCGGCGUAAUAGGACCACGUUCACCACCUUUCAGCUGCACGAGCUGGAGAGAGCGUUCGAAAAGUCGCACUAUCCUGACGUCUACAGCAGAGAGGAGAUCGCGCUCAAAGUUCAUCUUCCCGAGGUCCGAGUACAGGUGUGGUUCCAGAACCGUCGGGCCAAGUGGCGUCGCCAGGAAAAGCUGGAGGUGAGCUCCAUCAAGCUCCAGGACACUUCCUCCUUCCUGUCCUUCAGCCGCUCCUCCUCCCAGUCUCUGGGCUCCGGGCUACAGCUGGAGCCAUGGCUCAGCACUCCCACCACCACUGCCACCCCUCUGCAGUCCCUUUCCGGCUUCAUCACCAGCCCAUCUCAGGGCCUCCAAAGAACCUCCAGCUACACUCCUCCACCCUUUCUCAACUCCCCCAGUUUCGGGCAUAUUGGUUCUCUGUGUCCUCCUCCGCCGCCCCCGUACCAGUGCUCAGCGUCUGGGUACGUGGACAAGUUAAUUAUGGAGGAGUUGGAUCCUCGUAAUUCUAGUAUUGUGUCUCUGAGGAUGAAGGCUAAGGAGCAUAUUCAGUCUAUUGGAGAACAUGGUGAGGAUGGCUGCUGGCUUGCAUCCCUCUGAGGCAAUGCAAAGACUAAAGACUUCUACUGAAUGUAUUGUUGCUGCGUCAUAGACAUUAAAGUCCAAUAUGCUAGAGGACUCUUCUCCACAAGAUGAUGAACAUAGUUUUUUUGUCUUCUUCAAUGGUUUACAUUAUCAUCCCAGUCAGUGUUUUUUGUGCAUUCUCAGUAUAUUAAAGUUUUAUAAUGUACUUUCCUCAUCAAUGAAAUGCUUGCAUUCACCAAGAUACAUCUGGUUUACUCUGGUCUACUUUUAGGUUCUGACUUAGGAAAUGUACACUUUUCCUACUUACCUUGUGCAGGUGUGUAAAGGUAUCCAAAUAAGCAGCGUAGGUUCGGUUGACUAGGUGAAGUGAACAUCUGUGCUUGCAUACUCCCUUAAAGGGACACUUUGGGAUUUUGGCAAUGAAGCCUUUUAACUACUUCCCCAGAAUCAGAUGAACUCAAGAAUACCAUUUUUAUGUCUCUGCAUUUUGUUUGAAGGAACUUAGAGGUAGUCUAUGGUAUCUACUAGCAUGCUAGCAGUAUUACUGUUUGUUCCUCUUGAGACGCCAUAUCCAGUACACUUCAUCAAAAUAGUCAAAAUUAAGAUUAUGAUAGCUCAAGAAAUCUUUAAUUAAUUUUGACAUUUUUGCCAGGGAGGUUUUAGUCGCAAAAUUUUACAUCUAACUAAGAUUUUGGUGCAGUAUUUCUCAAGUGAAAAACUUUGCAUGAAGACUAGUCAUCUGUUGUUGAAUGCCAACAAACACUUAAUUGAAGAAUCCCUAAUGUUGACCAAUCACCAACGAAAGGCAUACUUCGGCUUGCCUCAAGAAAAAGUGUGCUCGAACAGGCUGGGAAAAAAACUGACGAACACAGCCAAGCACCAAAACAAACAAAAACCUCACAAAAUGUUGUCAUAAUAUAUGCAGUAACUGUUUAGAACCGGGAAGUAUAAGAUCUUAACAGGCUUUGCAGAUGAGGUUACCUUGCGUGCAUUGAAUAAAUUUAAUUCAACCGCUGAAAACCCUCCCACUUGCUGGCCAACAGAUUUUCUAGUGACAUUUUUAUUCAAUAGCCAUCCCUUUAAAUUUGGUGUACCUUUAAUUAGAAUUUUCUCAACAGACUCACUAGAACAUAUAGAUGGGUUGGUUGUUUAGCAACAAAACUGACCCAUGCACAACUAUGGGGUAAAACAGACGGGGUUGGCUUAGAUUGUUGACAACAUGUAAAUUAUGUUGAAUCUCCAAUGUUUAUUGAAAACAUGAAUAAAGUUGCACAAUAAAUUUUUUGACAUGUUAGCAUAGCAUAGCAUAGCAUAGCAUAAACGUGACAGUCAAACACCUCAUAACAACACAUGGUUUUCGGGAAGUUCUCAGCUAACCUGUCUAUGGAGAGAAUGUUUCAGAAUGUUAGGGACCAAUGAAAAAAAGCCUUGUAAAUACAUGCAUUUUUCUUUCCUUUUCAGCACCAAUUGGUAGAUAAAAAAAUACUCUGAUCUUGUAUAUUAUUUAGAGUUAGGAAAGUACUUAUACAUUUUUUUUUUACCUACCAACUAGGUAGGUUCUGCUCUACUAUCAGUGCACACAGGUUUCCAUAGGCUACAGCCUCCGCUUGGAUCUCCAAAUUUAACUCCUGCAAAUGAUGAAGCCAUAGGCCUACAAUUAAAAUUCUGAAUAAUGAUACAGCUAUUUCUACUUCACUUGUGGAAAAGAGGCCGAAAUACCUGUCGUGUUGACAUGCUUUUCAGUUUGCUGAAAUAUGACUGGUUUCACAUUUGUCUCCAACGAUCAUAAAAUAAAAUAGAUCUGAAACAACUGUAAUUUAUAUUUACAAUCCUCUUGUCCUAACUAAUGACUAAUUUACCUAGGUCUUAUUAAUAGCUCUUAUCAAUUUAUAAAUUACAGUGCAUAGAGUUUUGGUGUUAUUUCUACAUAUAAUUGUCGUUUUUUUAAAGUGGUGGAAUUAUGAGCAAGUUAAGUCAAGGUCUGACUACGGAAUAUCUGUAGACACACCUCUGUCUCACCUCCUUUUCUGUGAAUAGCAUUGAAUAGGUUGUGAAUAUGCUUAAAGAGAAAAGUGUAGAAAAAGGGGAAUUAUAUGUUCCAUUUAGGCAUUCUUAAUUCGGGUCAGAAUUCCCCCUCUUACUGAAUGAAGGAUGCCAUUGAAGAGAAAGUGGAAAUGUUAAAAUGUAAAAUUGCCUGCAACCUGUUUUCUAUGUUGACAUUUGCAUCCCUAUUUUAACAAUUAUCUUCUGUUAUGUAUAUGUACUUCUGCUAAGACAAUCACAUCCCAGGAUUAAUCACUGUAUUUAUUAUUGUUUCCAAGCCCUUGUCUAGAUAACUUUCUUUCAGUGUUCUUCCAGUUUGUGCAGCUGACUUUACAAAUGUUCAUGACCAAUUGUCCAUUUGUUGUUUAUCUCCAUACGUUAAUGAUUUUAUGGAAAUAAAACUGCAUAGUUACAUCAACACUUAUCCCUUAUUUCAUUAAUUGUCAUAUGUCC